GUUUUUCAAUGAACAGAAUAUCAUUUCACAAUAAAAUGAGCUGACGCAAAUGGUAAUUCCAUCCCCACCCUUGAGCUAACUGUUAAAAUGAGUCGUCAACCUUACCCAACGGGCUCAGGUGGAUAUCAACAGCAGCAGGGUGCUUCUCCAUCACUACUAAUUGACUUUAAGGUUCCACCAUUAGAUUCUAAACUAUCCUAUGAAACACAGGAGUCAAUUAAACCACUAGAAACUUCCAACAUAUAUGGACCUCAUGGAGCUGAAAAUAUACAAGAUUUAUCCCACCAAUCGACGGUGCAAUGGUGUCCAACAUGUGGUAGAACUGUUAAAACCACAGUAAAAUAUAAAGCGUCUAUUUUUACGUUUUGUUGGUUCCUUGUACUUUGUCUUACCCUUGUUUUGUGUUGGAUACCAUCCGUCAUUAAUAAGUGCAAAAAUGCAAAUCACUAUUGUCCAGAAUGUGGAGCUAUGAUUGGAACACAUGACGGAAGUUGCUGUUAAAUUGUUGUAUCAUGGUACAGUGGCGUAACUAGAAACAUGUAUACAACUAAGCAAAAAAUUUGUAAACAAAACAAAAUUCUAAAAACCAUUCGCUAUAUUUACAAAGGUGUGUUCAGAUUUUUUUGGCUGAAAGUUAACCGUAGUGCGCUAAUACCAAAUUCAUUUCGGUCAAUGCAGUUUAUAGAACACAAUUUUAUUGCUUACUGAUAUUGUAUUCCAGACAGUAUAGAGAGCUUGGCUUAAGCGAGUUACGCCACUGACCCAAU